AUGCAAUUUUCCAAAGUUAUUGUCCCAGCCGCUUUAGUCGCUGCCGUCUCCGCUGGUAAUGUUACCGUCACCACUGACAUUGUUGUCACUGACUUCACCACUUACUGUCCAGAAGCCACUUCUUUAGUCGUCAACAACAAGACCAUCACUGUCACUGAAGCCACCACUUUAACCAUCACUGGUCCAUGUACUAUCCCAACCACUUACGUCACCUACGAAUCUGCUUCCUCUUCUGCUGCUUCUACCGUUGCUCCAGAAGUCACCACCGCUGAAGCCGGUGCUGCUAAGGUCGCUGUCGGUGCCGUUGCUGGUGUUGCCGCUGUUGCCGCUGCUUUAUUCUAA